CCCCCCCCCCAUCCCGGGACCCCCCGAUCCCCGCAGCCCCCCGGACAGCGGGGGAGGAUCCCGGGGGUCCCGCGGCCCCGGGGAGGGGGCGGCAGGGCCCCGCGGCGGCGCGAUGGGGGCGGCGGCCUGCGGGGUGCGCAGUGUUUUUGUUUUGGGUCGAAGUUGAGGCCGGAGCGGACGCGGCGGCGGCGCCGGGCGGAGGCCGCGCUCCGGCAGCCCCGAACGCCGCGGGCCGGCCCCGCCAUGCGCAGGGAGAUGAACGGGGUCACUAAGAGCCGCUUUGAGAUGUUCUCAAACAACGAUGAAGCUGCAAUCAACAAAAAACUGCCCAAAGAGCUGCUGCUUCGAAUUUUCUCUUUCCUGGAUGUGGUCACUCUGUGUCGUUGUGCUCAAGUUUCCAGGGCAUGGAAUGUUCUGGCCCUGGAUGGCAGUAACUGGCAGCGAAUUGACCUGUUUGAUUUCCAGAGGGAUAUUGAGGGCCGCGUGGUGGAGAACAUCUCCAAGAGGUGUGGGGGAUUCCUGCGCAAGCUGAGCCUGCGCGGCUGCCUGGGCGUGGGGGACAACGCCUUAAGGACCUUUGCCCAGAACUGCAGGAACAUCGAAGUGUUGAACCUCAAUGGUUGUACCAAGAUCACGGACGCCACCUGCACCAGCCUCAGCAAGUUCUGCUCCAAACUCAGGCACCUGGAUUUGGCUUCCUGCACCUCCAUAACCAACCUGUCCCUGAAAGCACUCAGCGAGGGAUGCCCGCUGCUGGAACAGCUCAUCAUCUCCUGGUGUGACCAAGUGACCAAGGACGGGAUCCAGGCGCUGGUGCGGGGCUGCGGGGGGCUCCGGGCCCUGUCCCUCAAGGGCUGCACCCAGCUGGAGGACGAGGCCCUCAAGUUCAUUGGUGCCCACUGUCCUGAGCUGGUGACCCUGAACCUGCAGACCUGCCUGCAAAUCACAGACGAUGGGCUCAUCACCAUCUGCAGGGGCUGCCACAAGCUGCAGUCCCUGUGUGCUUCUGGCUGCUCCAACAUCACCGACGCCAUCCUCAACGCCCUGGGACAGAACUGCCCGCGCCUCCGAAUAUUGGAAGUGGCCAGGUGUUCCCAGCUGACCGACGUGGGCUUCACCACCCUGGCCAGGAAUUGCCAUGAGCUUGAAAAAAUGGAUCUGGAAGAGUGUGUCCAGAUUACAGACAGCACACUAAUCCAGCUUUCCAUACACUGUCCACGGCUGCAGGUCCUGAGUUUAUCCCACUGCGAGCUGAUCACGGACGAUGGGAUCCGUCACCUGGGCAAUGGGGCCUGUGCCCACGACCGCCUGGAGGUGAUCGAGCUGGACAACUGUCCCCUGAUCACCGACGCCUCCCUGGAGCACCUCAAGAGCUGCCACAGCCUGGAGAGGAUAGAACUGUACGACUGCCAGCAGAUCACACGGGCCGGCAUCAAGAGACUCAGGACCCACCUGCCCAACAUCAAAGUCCACGCCUACUUCGCCCCGGUGACCCCCCCGCCCUCGGUGGGCGGCAGCCGGCAGCGCUUCUGCAGAUGCUGCAUCAUCCUAUGACAGCGGAGCCUCCUCCCGGCCGGGGCUGGCACCGCCCGGGCGGCUCCGAGCCUCGGGACAGCCCCCGAGCCCGUGCCGGGGCCAGCGAGCGGGGCCGGGCCGCCCACACCCCCUGCGAUCCCGGCGGGAUGAGGGACUGCAGAGCCGGCCUGUCCUGAAGCGUUCCUGCUGGGAAUUCCUGGGAGUGCCCGGGGGGGGGAUCCCGGCCUGGAGGGACUGGUGCUGCUGGUGAGGUUGGGAAAGGAGAGGAGACCCUUGGAAAAGGGGAGAGGGGAGAGGAGAGGAACAUGCCGGAACCCCCUUGUGCAGAAGGAAAAACCCCCAAAAACCUAAAAACCCCAGCAAACCUGAAAAACCCCAAGAAACCUGAAAGCCCAAAAAAACCUAAAAAACUUAAAAGCCCCAACAAACAAGUUCCAUGUCCAUUUGUCAGUGAGGGAAUGAAACAGCAGCUGCUGAGCCAGGAUUUCCCUGAGAUCCAGGAUUUCCCUGAGAUCCAGGAUUUCCCUGGGAUCCAGGAUUUCCCUGAGGUCCCAGAUUUUCCUGAGAUCCAGGAUCUCCCUGGUCCAGGAUUUCCCUGGGGUCCCAGAUUUCCCUGAGAUCCAGGAUUUCCCUGGGAUCCAGAAUUCCCCUGAGAUCCAGGAUCUCCCUGGUCCAGGAUUUCCCUGAGAUCCAGGAUUUCCCUGAGGUCCCAGAUUUCCCUGGGAUCCAGAAUUCCCCUGGGACCCAGGAUUUCCCUGGUCCAGGAUUCCCCUGUGUUUCCCUGCUCCACCUGAGCAUGCUCACAUGAAGGUUCAUCUUCCCUGUAUCAGAUUCUUUCCAGAUUGUUGUGAUAUUUUUCAUGCCACAUAUUUUACCCUUCCCUUUUUUUUCUUUUUUUUUUUUUCUUUUAGUUUUUUCAUUUUUUCGUUCAUUUCUUGAGAUUUCCCAGCCCAAAGCCACAAAUCCAUAAAGAUUUUUUUCCCAGGAGAAGCCUGAACCUGUGAUGAGCUGUCAGGAAGAUUUUUAAGGAGCGUGGGAAGCUGCACCCCAGGCUGGGCCCUCCUGGCCUUUGUGAUCAGGGAUUGGGUGUCCAAAUUUAUCCCAAAUCCAGGUUUUACCCCAAUGACAAGGAUACAACUCUCCACACAGGGAAUAAUAUAUAAAAAUAUAUAAUUCUCAGUACAGGGAGAACGUGUUCCAAGGACUGUGAGUUCCCUCCUCCUGUCCUUCCCCUCCAUCCUCCCCCCAAGGAAAAGCCAAGUAGAGCUUUUUGUUUGUUGCCCUGGUGAAGAAUUAAGGAUUCCCUGACGGAGCAGGGCUGGGACCCGGCCUCAGUGCCCGUGGGGGCCCUCCCCAGCUGCCCAGGUAAGUGUGUGCCCUGCAGGGAGUUGGGCUUUGCACGUGCCAGGCCCAGCUCUGGGGGAGGCGGGGGGUCCGUGCCUGCUUUUUUGGGGUGUUCCAGGCGAGUUCAGGGCUCGGUGUGGAGCUGCUGGGCAGAUCCCAAGCUUUGAGGGGCAGGGCUGGUCCGUGGGGCCGUGUCCGUGGUUCCUGCUGUCCCUGCAGGGAGCUCAGGUUUCCCUGCAGCAGGAGCUGGCUUCCCCUGGUGCUGAGCACUCCUGGUGGGCAAAGAGCAGCUGCAGCACCAGGGGUGGGUGGUUCAGGGGCUGGAGGGGGGGUUUUCCCACCAGGAAUUCCAAGGACAAGGCGCUGUUCCCAGCAGGAGGGUCCCAGGUGCCCCUGGAGCUGCACCCCCUGGUCUCCCCCAGCCCCCCCAGUCUGUGCUCCAGGCUGCUGUGGUUAAAAGGAUACUGUCAACGCCCUCCUGUAGACGGCUUUUAAUCCCUGAUAUUUAUUCAAAUCCUCUUUAGCGCUGUGGAUCCUCCCCCUCUCCUCGGGCGCCUUCAUUUCCAGAACUUUCUCCAGGUUUCAGGGUGGCAGAAGAUGGUGGUGACAGACUGCACGGGCCAGGGGUCACCCGGCAAUCACAGGAUUUGCACAACUCUGGGAAAAUCAAAUAAAAACAAAACACUUUUGUUGAGUUCCCACUGUGGCGGGGGAGAGCGAAGAGCAGGAUUUUGGCUGACUGAUCCCUUUGUAACAGAGCAGAGUUUUCCGGGGAAAACUCCAGAACACAGAACCCAAAGCAAUUUCUUUUCUGUUUGCAGAGCAGGGUGACAGCAUUAAGGUAGCUCAAACUUCUUGACAGUGUCCUUUUAAGUCAAUUAUCCGUCUUCAAAUGGACUCUUCCUGAUGUUUAUAUUUAUAAAUACCAAUAAACACCAUUUUCCAA